AUGCGUUUCAAUAAUCUGGUGGGCUUUGGCCUUCUGGCAGUCGAGUCUGCCCUCGCAGUCCCCUGCCCACCGGCAAGCACCGCAACCGCAACCCUCGAUGUGACUACUACCGCGACGUUGAGUAUCACUGAUGCGGCGACCGACACCGUUACAGACACUGUGUUUGAGACCAAUACCGUUAACUCAACGGCCGUGGUGACCUCUACAGAGGUGGAUGUUAUUGCUACGACUAGUACCGCAACUGUCAACGCCACAGAGACUGAGUUUACUACUGUCAACUCAACGGUCGUCUUCACGUCUACAGAGACUGAUGUGGACGUUGCCUCCACAACUGCUACUGUCAACUCUACUGCUGUCUUCACCAUUACAGAGACAGCGGAGGUCACCAGCACGGAGACUAACACUGUCAACAACACAGCUGUGUUCACGACCACCGAGGUUGAUGUCGAGACCAGCACCGAGACUGCUACAGUCAACUCCACGGUGCUAUUCACGUCCACAGAGACUGACUUCACCACCGAAGCGGCUACUGCCACAACUAUUGUCUUCGUCACAAACUCAACCACGGUCACUCAGACUUCCACUGUCAAUGCUACAGAGACAGCCUUCGAGACUGAUACGGUUCUCACCACUGCUACGGUGAACGCUACCUCAACUGUCAAUGCCACGUCUACAACAGUUGAGACCAACACGGCUUUCGUUACUUCAACUGUUGAUACCACUGCAACUGUAAACACCACGGCCACGGAUUUCGUCACUUCUACCGUCAACACUACAGCCACUGCUUUCGAGACUGAUACAGCUUUCACUACUGCAACAGUCAACACCACUGCAACUUCAUUCGAGACUGAUACAGUUUUCACGACUGCAACAGCGAAUACUACUGCAACAGACUUUGUCACUUCAACUGUCAACACUACAGCCACUGCUUUCGAAACUGAUACGGUUCUCACCACUGCAACAGUCAACACCACCGCAACAGACUUUGUCACUUCAACUGUCAACACUACAGCUACUGCCUUCCAGACUGAUACUGUGACUUCAACUGUGAACACUACAGCCACCGCAUUUGAGACUGAUACCGUGACCUCAACUGUCAACACUACAGCUACAGCCUUCCAGACUGACACGGUGACUUCAACUGUCAAUACUACUGCGACAAGCACAAACACUGUGACAACAACCCAGACUGUCUUUGUAACAGCUACAGUAACCCCAACCGAGGUGACAUCUACAGAGACCAGCACUGAGACUGAGACUGUAGAUGCGACUUCUGUAGUGACUGAUACUGUUGACUCAACUUCUACGGUGGUUGUUACUGCCACUGUGACAUCCACCGCUUCAGCGGCCCCCGCUUCUUCGGACACAACCAGUGCUUCCGGAGCAGCAACUACUACAACCGUCGUAGCAGCAGUUACUACGAGCGCUACUAGCGAGGCUGCCGCUUCGGCCUCAACGUCUUCUCCCGCAGCAGCUUCCUCUGACACUACAUCCGCAGCUACUGGAGCUGCCACUACCACAACCGUGGUAGCAGCGGGUACUACAAGCACUACUACUGAUCCUACUGUUUCUGCCACUGGAGCAGCCACCACGUCAUCUUCAUCUGCUGUUGAUGGCGCCCCCGUCGAUGACACUCCUACGACUUCAUCGGCUAGCCCCGCGGGCACUACGACUGCAACUACUACUGUUGAUGCCACUACCACAACCACAACUGGUGCCUAG